AUUUUUCUAUUAAUUCUCAUCAUAAAUCUCUGAGACAAGAAGUAAUCCUCACUCUUUCCCUCCUUCUCUCCGUCGCCGACCCCAACACUUCCGGCGACACUUUGAUGCUUGCUAUGUUUAUCAUCAGCUCCUCCAAUUUCACAUUCCAUUCUGAAAUAAUUGAAUAGAAAGUUAUAAGGAAGAAGAAAGAUGAGCACCGUCGAUAAGAUGUUGAUCAAAGGCAUCCGGAGCUUCGACCCGGAGAACAAGAACGUCAUCACCUUCUUCAAGCCAUUAACCCUAAUCGUCGGCCCCAAUGGAGCUGGCAAAACCACCAUCAUAGAGUGCUUGAAGCUCUCGUGCACAGGAGAGCUGCCUCCCAAUGCGAGGUCUGGCCACAGUUUCAUUCACGACCCCAAGGUUGCAGGGGAAACAGAGACAAAAGGGCAAAUUAAGCUUCGAUUCAAGACAGCGGUGGGUAAGGAUGUGGUGUGCAUUAGGUCGUUUCAGCUGACGCAGAAGGCGUCGAAGAUGGAGUAUAAGGCAAUUGAGAGCGUGCUUCAAACAAUAAACCCUCACACUGGUGAGAAAGUUUGCCUUAGCUAUAGAUGUGCUGACAUGGAUCGAGAGAUCCCUGCUUUAAUGGGUGUUUCAAAGGCUAUUCUGGAAAACGUGGUAUUUGUACACCAAGAUGAAGCUAAUUGGCCAUUGCAAGAUCCUUCCACAUUAAAAAAGAAAUUUGACGAUAUCUUCUCUGCAACCCGGUAUUGUUUAUCUUCUUUGAGUCUUUAGAAAGAAAAUAAGGUAACUUAUAUAGUUGUACGUCAUUUGUAUUAUUUUGUA